AUGGAGGGCUCUGGAAUACAAGCGAAGUUAAAAUUGUUGUUCGCAAAAAUUGCCGAACCCAAUUACGUGAUGGACAAUUAUUAUGUUGAUGGUCUUAUCAACAAACUGUCAAACAGUUCUGACCCUGAAACAUCAUUUCUAGAACUGCCUAUUUUGUCAGACUUGAUUAUUGAGGGAUUGAAUCAUGCAGAAAAUGCUCACAACACGGUCAAAGUUUUUCUCACUAGAAUGCUUGCUGUUGCUGUGCAAAGAGAAUUUCAUUUUGCUAAAAUAUUCUCUAUGCAAGGCAUUAAAAUAGCUGCUGGUUUUAAAGAAAUAUGUGGCAUUAACGUAAGUCCGAGUAUAAAAGUAUCUUAUAUGGAAGUAGCUCUAGCUAUAACUAAGCACCAAUCAGGGAUAUCAUGGAUUUUAGACACUGCUAUAUGGAAAGAAAUAUUCAAACUGUGCCAGCAUAGGUCAACUGUUUUCAUUGUACGGCAAACAUACAAGUUUAUGUCAGAGUUCCUUUGGGCAGUGAAUGAUGUAGAUGACCAAGUCAACCUCAGAUUGGUUUUGGAUGCACUCGUGCAACCGUUGAUUCAAAUGGACUUUUUAAAUAGAAAACCAAUGACUAGUGAGGAUGAAAUAGACUUAUGCAAUGCCAUAGAGCCGUCUAUUCAAAUAUUUCUGAGUGUUGUGAGUAAGGAUCAACGAAUAGUGAAUGCAAGUGUACUCAUAAGUAUAUUGAUAAAAGAAUACAAACUUGUUCAACAUUUGGUUCUAGCAAUUGAUUGGAUACGGUCAGAAAAAGUUUUACUAGUGAUGAAAUUAUCAUUCUGGUUAAUGCUUGGAAAAACCUUUUUGCUAAAGCCAAGGUUGCCUGAAACAAUUUACAGUCAUGAUGAUUUUCUUGAAGCCAUGGCCAUAAACUUCAAUAUGAUACAGUCCUUUAUCCAACGGCGAAAUGCGAUCCAACUAUUAGAGUAUUGUGCAGCAGUUACAAUUAUAUGGAGUAGGAUUUGUGACAAAGAACCCAGAAUUGAGGUGGAAGAAUUUAAAAAGCAAGUGUAUAUGAAAAAUCAAAUGUUAUUUUUAUGUUUAAUACCAAUUUUGGCGUUUGUUACAUAUCAGAAGAGCCAGUCACAUUUACAGGAUACAAGAAUAUCUGAUUAUAUAUCGCGACUACUAAAUUCUUCUUGUGAGCAUACUACUAAAGCUGCUUACGCUUUACGAGAUUUAACUUUACAAUUAGAUCCAUUACCUAUCAGCAUUCAAAGUGUAAAGACUAUUAUAUAUUUGAAGGAUCAUAUGGACCAGGAGCAAGGCAAUUUAGUAUUCCAAGCACUUUUCUAUGUUCUACAAGAUUUUGAUCCUGUUGACAUAUAUGGUGAUGUGAAACCGGAAGAGGAUUUUGAAGAAAGUGAAGGAAAGAUUAUGGUAGUGACAUAUGUUCUGGACGCAAUAUUGUUAUUGAUUACAGAAUGUAAUGUAAAUUGGCAUGAAAGUCUAGAAAUCAUUUGUUUAUAUAAUAUUGUGAGCAAUAUUUUACGAAAACCCAACCUGACAUGCAAAUUUGUUGUAAAAGCCCUCAAUGUUAUAACUGUAACCGUGAAGAAGUUCCUGCAACCAAAUCUCUCAUUGCUGUUGGAAUUGCAACCAGGAACACCUAUCCAUGAGCUUGGCAAGCUGAUCUAUACAAAGAUACAUGACAGGAAUUGGGAAGUCAGGGACACAGCACUUGAAUUAUUGCACAUGGUCACCGAUAUCUCAUACAUAAAAUUUCCACCAUUUCAGAAACAAAUCUUUGACAACAAUUUAAUAAAUGUUGCGGCUACAAUUGCUUUCAAUGAUCACGAGGCUUAUGUACGGGUUUCAGCAUUGAAAUGUGUGGCUUCAGCCAGCCGAAUUGGUAUUCUAUGGGAGAAACUGGAACAAGAAUACCCUGACUUACAGUUUCGAUUGUUAAGUUUAUUGCGAUACAAUGAUGAAGGAAUCGUACGAAAAGAAGCUUGCAACGUGCUUUGUGACAUGUAUAAAAACAUUAAGUUGACUCCAUCUUACAAAGAGAUAUUAUAUGAACAUAUGGUUUCAUCAGCUCUGGCAGAUUUCCAUUGGGAGGUACAAAUAAGCGCCCUUAAAUUUUGGAAGAUCGUUUACCAAUCUUUUCUUACUGACCAGGGUAUGUUAGAUGGUGAGUUUCCUCCCAUUACGUUUUCCAAAGAAACAAGAAAAAUUGUCAAGUUAGAUGAAAAUGAAGUCCAAAAACGACUGUUAAAAACAUUAGAUGAAUUAGCAGUUAUUGGUUGCCUGACAGUAUUUGUUAAGUUAUUGAACAAUGAAACGGAAGUCGGAAUUUUGGAUGCGGCAGUAUCAACGGCAUUAGAAUUGUAUGAAAUUCUAAGUAAGUACAAAUUGCACGAAUGUUUAAGAUGUAACGAAGGGGAAAUUACGAGUGUUGAAGAGCUGAUUAGUAAUAUAAAGGAGGAAUCAGACGACGACAACAAUGUGGACAUGGUAGACGCACAGAACUCAGAUAAUGUUAUAGAAGAGAUCCUUAAUUCUGACGAUAUAAACCUAUUAUCGAAAAUAUAUGAAAGACAUAUGACGUUGAAUGCUAAUAAACCAGAAAUGGUUCUUAAGCCAAGGAUAAAACUGUUGAAAUUUGCAUCGCCAUAUUUAUUUGUUAAUCAUGUAAAAGAUAAUGAUUUUAGAGUUAUAAUAGAGGAAAAAACGAGAUGGAAUGAAGGUAUAAGAAGCGUUUCGUCUUUAUUGGACGACAUGUUAGGUAUAUACGAAAUGAAUAAUGAAGAAGUCAAUUCAUUAGAUUGUUACUAA